AUGGUGCGAACUAGAGCAAAUGCUAACGCCGAAACUCAAGAAGGCCAAGGUGGCCGAGGUGGUGGCCGUGGUGGUCGUGGUGGUCGUGGCGGCCGUGGUGGCCGAGGUGCUCGUGGAGAACAUGUGGAGGUUAAAGAGCCGAAUGGAACCCUAGUUGAGCAGCUUACGGCACUAUUGCCGAAUCUUGCGGCUCAAGUGGCAGUCGUACUAGGAGUUAACAUUGGAAAUGGAGGACAACGAGCCAGAAUUGAAGCUGAAGUGGAAAGACAAGAAGCGGUGGUUCAAGAAGCAGAGCAAGUCAGAGAUGAGGUCGUUGUUGUUGCUGAGCGCGAAGCGAUUGUUAGGGAGAAUGGCAAUACGAGAUAUCGCCAAGGAUGUACCUACAAAGAUUUCCUCAACUGCAAGGCUAUUGAUUUUGAUGGGAAGGGUGGAGCAACUGCUUAUCUCCAGUGGAUGGAGAAGAUGGAGGUUGUAAUUGCUAUGAGUCACUGCACUUAUGAUCAGAGAGUUACUUAUGUUGCUGGAUGUUUUGAGUCUGAUGCUUUGUCAUGGUGGAACAAUGACAUCCGCGUCAGAGGAGGAAGAGAUGCAGCCUUGGCUAUGCCUUGGAAGGAGUUCAAGGAUCUGAUGCAAGCAGAGUUUUGCUCUGUCCACGAGUUGCAGAAAUUGCAGACUGAGUUCCUUCAGCUUACGAUGGUUGGAGCAGACCAUGCUGGCUACACUAGUAGAUUCUAUGAGCUAUCUAGAUUGAUUCCCCACCUGGUGGAUCCUGAGCCAAAAUGGAUUGAGAAGUAUAUUGCUAGGUUAGAACCACAAGUUCGUGUGCAAGUGGUAACUGCUGGACCUACCACUAUUCGAGAUGUUGUGAGCAAGGCAGGAAGUCUGACUGAAGAACUAGUAAGAAGUGGUAUUCUAAGUAGGGGAGGAAGCAAGAGAAGGGAGUUGGUGGAGACGAGUAAGAGGAGGGAAUUCAGAGGAGACAAAAGAGCAAGAGUGGGAAGAGUGUAUACAGCGCCUGAGAUGGGCUAG